ACAGAUCUUUGUCAUCCCCAGAAGCAACAGUUUGUUGCUAAAGCAGCGUUUCACAGCUUCAGCUCGUCACAGCUUCCUGUGUGGUGGUGGUGUGCAGUUUUGUCAGUUAGAUCAGGAGGAGAGCACACUGACAGACUCUUCUGGAAGCUAAAUAAAAACCAGCACCAAAACCAAAUCCAGUCAUCAAUCAUGUCAAACCCAGUGGUCUCCCAUCAACCAGGCAGUGGUGGCUAUGGAACAAAUGUGCAAACAGGAGAGUGGAGCACAGGCCUGUGCUCCUGCUGCAGUGACAUCUUAGUCUGUGCUCUUGGUUGCUUCUGUCCAAUUGCAUUGAGCUGCUUCACUGCUAGUAAGUAUGGAGAAAACUGCUGCUUGGGCUGCGUGCCAGGAGGCUUAACUGCCAUGAGGACACAUAUGAGACUGACCUAUGGUAUACAGGGAACCGUUCUCAAUGACGCCCUGAUGACCUUUUUCUGUGGACACUGUGAGACCUGCAGGAUGGCGAGAGAAAUCCGCAUCAGGAGUGGAGAAGUUUCACUGUAAAAAUGCAUUAAGUUCUGACCGUAUGAACUACUAUACAGUGUUUUCUGUGUGUGUCCAUGGUUUGUGGAAGUGACUUUUUUUUUUUACUCCUGUCACAAGACUCGCUUUCAUGCAGACCACAAAGAAUAAGCCGCUAACAAAUCAUGCAAUGACCUAUGUGACAAAUUGCUAACACCAUUAUUAAUAUCAUUAUUCCAUCAUUGUAAAUAAAAUGCACUUUUAAAUCACUCGAAGAUUGAUAACGUGUAAUCAUGAAUCAUUUUGAACAACAUUGUCAAUAAAAAACAUGUUUACAUACA